CCGUAAUGAUAGGAUGUGAAUAAUUGUGAUAAUAUGAAUAAAUUACAAUCAACUACACGUGCUUCACGUGCUUUUGAGUUUUGAGGAAUUAAUCAUUUCCCAGCAAUUUCCCUGCUAUUUGAUUAUUUAGUGUUUUUUCACUUCGUAGCUUUCCGGCAUGAUUAUAUUUCUCUAAAUUUUUAGAGAAUUUGAAAAUGAAACCAGUUCCAGGUACACCGUCUACUAACAAAAUCUCUGGCGAAAAAAGAAAAGCUGAAGAAAAUGUACCAAAGUCGAGUAAAAAAUCCAAGAAAUUCCAUAAUAAAGUAAAUCCUCCCACUGCAGAAGAAAUCAAUCGCCUUCGAGAAACUGAGAAUGUCUUUCAUUCAAAUUUAUUCAGAUUGCAAAUUGAGGAAACAUUGAAAGAAGUGACCAUUAAAGAGGCUACUGGUAAUAAGAUCGCCUCUUUGGUUGAAAGUAUUAUGGAAUUUUUACGUUCAGCUGAAGUGUCAGUUUGCUUGAAACUUUCUAAGGGCGAUGUCUUUGAUCUACAUAGUAUCGUGCCGCCUAUGAAAUCCAACCCAAAUUGUGUAGAUACCGUUUUUACAUUCAUGAAACCGAAGUCAGUUGAUAUUAUUGGGUCAUUCAACCUGGAGUGUGUCGUCAAAGGGUUUACGAAUAUUGAUAUCGGAGUUGUGAUGCCAAAAGCGAUGUUUCUAAAAGAAGAUUAUUUGAAUGAGAAAUACCUCAGAAAGAAGAAUUAUUAUUUAUGUUGUUUAGCUUCAAAAUUACACGAGUCAGCUGAAAAGUUGUCCGUCGAUCCUAAUAUUCAAUUCACCAUGCGAAACUGCAGAGAUAAACCUUUAAUAUUGAUCAACCCAGCGACUAAAAAACUGAAAAAAUUUAAUAUCUUGAUACAUUGUUUUCCUGAGAUGGGAACUUUUAAAGAAACAAGAUUUUCUCCUGCUUACAAUAAUGUUCGUUAUGGAUGGUACUUCAAUUCAGCUUUAAAAAAUGAUAACGCUGUAAAAUUGAAUUUCCCUACUCCUUAUUAUAAUUCACUUAUCUGUCAAGAUUUGGUUUCAUUGAAAAAUGAAGAAAUCAGGCUAGAAAUGUUUAAUAGCAACCAAAAUCUAAAGGAUGCUUUAAUUUUAUUAAAAAUUUGGCUUCAUCAAAGGAGAUUAGAUGUGGGCCCUAUAUGUUUCUCCGGUUAUUUAAUGUCGAUGUUCAUCGUUUAUUUGAUGAAAAACAAGAAGCUGAAUCGGCAUAUGAGCAGUUACCAAAUCAUUCGAAAUGUUUGGGUAGCUCUUGAUCAAAGUAAUUGGCACAUUAAUGGAAUUUCCUUAUUCGAUUUCACCGAUGAGACUCGGCAUUUUUUCGAGUCAUUUCAGCAAGCGUAUGAUGUCGUUUUUAUUGAUGCAACCGGAAAUGCGAAUGUGGCUUCAUCGUUGGAUUUAAACAUUUACUUAUUGGUUAAAUCAGAAAGUAAAUAUGCGGUGGAGUGCUUAGAUAAUCAAGCUGCCAAUUUUUAUGCGGCUUUGUUCAUGACUCCGUUAUCAUUGCCUCAAUAUUGCGAUCAGAUUUUAUGUUUUAAAAAUUCGUCUGUUAUUGAGAAAACUGUUGAAAAACAUUCUGAUUUGCAAGUUCGUCUAGAUUUAAGACAAGAUUCAUUAAUCCAGUUUUCAAAAAUUAUUACUAAUUUACUAAAGAAGGCACUCGGAGAUAGAAUAAUUCAAAUUUUUCCAUUUUUCGCAUCCGAUUCAUCUAGCUGGUCAAUAUUUCAACCGAUGCCUCGUUCUGGAGGUGUAAGUUUUGGUAUAAGAAUUAAUCCAGAGUUUGCCCUCAAUAUCAUUGAUAAGGGACCGGUGGCUAAUCUUCCAGAGGCUGAAGAAUUUCGUAAAUUUUGGGGAGAAAAAUCAGAAUUACGAAGAUUUAAAGAUGGAAACGUUUGCGAGACUGUUCCUUGGGCAUCAUCUACUGAUUCUUUGAAGCAAAAGCGAUCAAUUGUGCGAAACGUGGUAAAAUAUAUUAUGAAGAAAACUUUGCAAAUUGAGGAUCAACUGUAUAUUUAUGUUCUCGAUCAAGUGGAAGAUGCAGUUUAUGAUAGUUUGAAAGAUAUUUUUGAAAUUAAAGGAACGAUUGAAGAAAUAACAUUGAACGUAUUAUCCUCUUUUGAUAACCUGUCAAAACAGCUGAGAGAAUUGGAUGACGAGAUUCCUCUGCCAAUUACGUCCAUUCAAGGGACCUCUCCAGUGUUUAGAUACUCCGAUCCAUUUCCUGUAUUACCAAAUGCAACCACCACUCUAAAAAAAGCGCAAACUUGUGUCAAUGAUGUAUCCAUUUUUGACGAAAAUCAAGUUGUAAAAUAUAUACCUUAUUAUGUUCCGGUUCUUGAAGGUACCAUACAUUUUGCUUUAAGUAACAAGUGGCCUGAGGACUUGGGUGCUAUUCGAAGUUUACAAACAGCAUUCUAUAUAAAACUAUCUGGAAUUAUUAAACAAAAAUUCGGUUUUGUUUCUGUGCCUUAUAACACCCACCUCGACGUAUUAAAAGAUGGUUUCAUUUUCCGUUUGCAAAUAUCCAAUAACAAUGAAAUUACUGCCGUGAAACGCUUAGUAAAUGAUGAAGGACUGAUUGAAUACCGUGAUAACGAAGAAUCUUGGUAUUUAGAAAAAAAAGUAAUACAGUUGCCAACUCUCAACAGCGCCAUUCAUGGAUUACAUCAACAAUUCCCCGCUUUUGGCACUACUUGUACAAUUUCCAAACGUUGGCUCAGAUGUCACUUAAUUGAUGAUCAUCAUUUUCCUGAUAUAUGUGUUGAUCUCCUAGUUUCUUAUUUAUUCUUGUACCCACAGCCUUAUUUUACUGCUCAUCAGCCUCAAACCAUGUUCAUUAGGUUUUUAAAUUUACUUUCAUCUGGUAACUGGCAUAUUGAACCUGUGGUUGUUAAUUUCAAUAACGAAUUAUCAAGAGAAGAUAUUGUUGAAAUAGAUUCAUUUUUUAAUUUGAAUCGGUCGAGUUUACCCGCUUUAUUUAUAGUAACGCCAUUUGAUAAAUCUGGAAUUACGUGGACGAAGGAAGAACCAUCUCUGAUUAUUUUGAAUAGGGUAGCUAAACUAGCGAAUGCUGCUCUACGUUCAUUGGAAGCUUCUCUAUUUUUGAACAAUAGUUGUGAAUCAAUCCUGAAAAUUUUUAGACCUCCUCUGAAAGGUUAUGAUCUAUUGAUUUGGACAAAACACGAAAUAAACCCUUUACGGUGGCUGACUAUCGGAGCUGAUAAAAAUUCUUUACCGCCGAUUAAAACCUCGCCAGAAUAUGAUCAGUUACCAAUUUUGGAUUUUCAUCCAGUCAAGUUAUUUGUCAACGAAUUGCGGGAAAAUUACAGGGAAUUUUGUAUAUUUUUGUAUGAUUUCUAUGGCGGAAAUGUAAUUGGAGCUGUAUUGAAACCAGACGUUCAUCUACCGAAGGAAUUCAAAGUUUCCAACAUGAAGUGUCGCAAAUUAGUUGAUGGAAAAUUAGUUUUUGAUAUUGACGCUUUAAUUGACGAUUUUUACAUUCAAGGAAAAGGAAUUGUUUCUCACAUUGAAAAAAAUAACGAAAAUAAAUAAUUGUUUGUUAUUAAAUUUUUAUUUUUUGUUUCAAA